UGCGACACGUGCACCCACAAUCCAGUGGCUUUGAUAGGUAGACGGUAUAUUGGAUACGUACCACGUUUCUCCACUGCCAUUUAUUCACCGUCGUGAUCGAACCUACGAGUAAAAGUCUCGCACUUCCUUCGACUCGAUCGUCAACGAGAUCUUCCACACUUUCUGGUUUUGAAUUAUAAGACUGCUUUGAAUACACGGAAUCUUGUGAACAAUGGUGUCAUCCAUGGUAGGAGAAAAUGGCGAUGCUAUUUCGCAUAUUAGAGCAUCACCCGCUGAGGGCAUUCCACAUGGUGAUUAUCGACUAGUUGGAUGGGACAUGGAUACGACUGGAAAAAUGCUGGUGGAUGAGAUAUGCCAAAUUGCUGGUUACACGCCGAGCUCGUCUUUUGCACAGUACGUCAUGCCAUUUAAGAAUCUCACACCUGCGGCUAAAAAACGUCACAAUCUCAAAGUCGUCACUGUGGGGAAAUACAGAUUAUUAAAAAACAGCAAAACCAAUAAGGUAUUAAAAACCAAAAGCGAGAUCUCUGCUAUCACAGACUUUCUUGACUGGCUGGAGGAGGUGAAGGGCGAUGCUGCCGAUGGGGUGAUUCUCAUCCACCAUGAAUCAAGGAAAGUCAUUCCUGCGAUGCUGCUUGCGUCGCUUAUUAAGUUCAAUCUUCUGGAGAGGUUCAAGAAGACUGUCAAAGGAUUCGCCAAUGGAUUCAACAUUGCUAAUGUGAAAUGUGCUAAUACCAUUCGUGCUUUUUCACUGAGAACUCUGUCACGUGUCCUACUCGAUCAGGAAGUUGAACUGGAAGAUGCAUCAGAACGUGCACGUUUGGCCCUUCAGAUAGUUCAACACUUGAGCAUUGGUGAGGCAAAGGCCACCGAGGGCAGCGGUGACAAUAAUACCACUUCAAAGGCAACUAUUGAGUUUACAAGAGAAUUUGUUCAGCCUGUUGAAGCAGAAGAGACGGAAUCUGAGGAGCUGAAGCUUGUGCUUGACAGGCAGCACAGUCUACUGCCAGUUUUUGGCCAUUUACUUGCUAUGAAUCGCAAAGAGAGACAGCACGCUUCACCCCUCAGGAGACUUCUGGCUGAAUCCAAUAUCGAUUAUGCACAACUCAAGGAAACCUGGUCAAAGGAGGAAAAAUAUGGAUUGGAAAAAUUGAUCAAGGAUAGAGCCUCAAGUGCAACGAAUACGGAAAUUGAGGAUCUUCUUGAAAUACUUGAAUGUCACUUUGACCCAGAAAAAACGCCAAAGGUCAAAGUCGAGACUAAACAGAGGAAAAGAUCAAAGAAGAACAAAGAGAACCGCAAAGAUGCCUCGGGGAUAGAGAGUCCAGACACCACAACUUUGCAUUCACCGAUUAAAGUAACAAACGAAUCACUUGAUAAUGCUGAGGUUUCACCAACAACAGCAUAAUAAAUAUUCACGUGCCUCUGAUGAAAUACCUCCCCUAGGCAACCCACGAAAAAGAGAUGAGGGUGAAUGGAAUUUGUAGAGUAAACCGUUUAAUUUUCAAUACUCUACAGAUAAAAGAGAUCAUUUUUUUUAGUUAAAGAUUAUUUUUUCGUUUAUAAGGGAACAAGUCAGUGGGCCUGAGAACUGUUGAAUGUUCAAAUUGUUUCAAUUACUCAUUAACUUGUUUAUUAUUAUUAAUAUCAAAGAUAUCUACUUCGUUAGCCAAGAUUAUUAUUCGUUCUCCAAUUCUAGAGUUCAUGAUCAUUGAUAUUUUUUUAUUAAACGAUUUUCUAUAAACUGAUUAAUAUUAAGAGAGAAAAUAUAUUUUUCGAAACAUUACAAAAAAGAGGAAAAAUUUUACAGCUGCAUGAUUUAGAUCAUCCUAGAUAUCGGUGUUCACUCGAGAUUAUGAAUAUCCAAUUUUUGUUUUGUUUUUUUUUUCAUUUUUCGAUUUACGAUGAGAGCCAUUUUUCUUUUCGUUACAAACAAGUACAUAAUGUUGAUUGCAUAAUUUCAAUCGCAGUGAGUGGACACUGAUUGAACUUCAAAUAAUGAUUAUGAAUAUUUAAGAAAACAACCAAAUGGAUUUCUAGUUAUUUUUCCGAUCUCAUUGUACUGAUAAAACAAAUUUGAAAUAAAGAGAUU